AUGAAGGCCACCGCUGUCUUUGCUCUCCUGGGCGCCGCCCUGGUCUCUGCCCAAGAGACAACGCAGUCUUCACCCUUCUACCUCAAGUACGUGCCUCGUAGCGAGCCGUCAUGCAAGGGGACCUACCUCGCAUCAUGCCACUCUGGAGCUGGCCAAGCUGGUCUCUGCCCUGAGCGCAGCACUAAUGGCUCCGCGCAAACUCACUCAGAGUACUUUUGGAAUAUGACCACCAGCUCUAGCCAGCCUACUCUCGGCCCUCUGAUUUGGAACCUGCCCAUCGGCAAUGGUGACCCUGUUCCUACGACUCUGGACCUCCAGCUUCAGUUGGUCAGCAACGGGGCCAUUCCCAUCUUCUCUCCCGGCACCACGGGCAUCUACAGCUUUGGCUUCGACGACGACGACAACGAGCUCUUCAUCUACAGUCGCCAGGACGAUUCCAAGGCUGUCCCCGACAAGGUCAACUACACCGCGGAAAAGUACUACCGCUGGCACGUCUGCUGGACCUUUGUCGGCAACUACUACUACCAAGCUCUCGUUUGGGUCACCGGUGGUGCACCCGUCAAUCCCACCUGUCAGGAGGUCCGGGUUUUCCGUGAGGAGGUCUCUAAGUAA